AUGGCAUUUGAAGGACGUGGUCGUGGUGGUGGCCGUGGUGCUCCCCGUGGUGGCCGUGGUGGUUUCGGCGGCGGUCGUGGCGGUGGCGGCCGUGGCGGUUUCGGUGGUGGCGGUCGUGGAGGCUUUGGUGGUGGCCGUGGUGGCGCCCGUGGUGGCUUCGGCGGCGGUCGUGGUGCUCCUCGUGGUGGUGCUCGUGGCGGCCGUGGUGCUCCCCGUGGUGGUCGCGGUGGAGGAGGCCGUGGUGGUGCUCGUGGUGGUGCCAAGGUUAUUGUCGAACCUCAUCGUCAUGAAGGUAUCUUUGUCGCUCGUGGCAAGGAAGAUUUGUUGGUGACCAAGAACUUGGUGCCCGGUGAAUCUGUAUAUGGUGAAAAGCGUAUCUCCAUCGAUGGUCCCGAAGGUACCAAGAUCGAAUACCGUGUGUGGAAUCCUUUCCGAUCCAAGUUGGCCGCUGCUGUCUUGGGUGGUGUCGAUCAUAUUCACAUUGCUCCUGGCAAGAAGGUGCUUUAUCUCGGUGCUGCCUCAGGUACUUCCGUUUCUCACGUGGCUGAUGUCGUCGGCCCCGAAGGUGCUGUCUAUGCCGUCGAAUUCUCUCAUCGUUCCGGCCGUGAUUUGAUCAACAUGGCCAAGAAGCGUACCAACGUUGUUCCCAUCAUUGAAGACGCUCGUCAUCCUCACAAGUACCGCAUGUUGGUUCCCAUGGUCGAUGUCAUCUUUGCGGAUGUUGCUCAGCCCGAUCAAGCUCGUAUUAUUACCUUGAACGCUCACCACUUUUUGAAGAACAAUGGUCACAUUGUGAUCUCCAUCAAGGCAUCGUGUAUCGAUUCUACCGUCGAUGCUGCCACCGUAUUUGCUCGUGAAGUCAAGAAGCUCCAAGAAGAAAAGGUCAAGCCCCAAGAACAGUUGACCUUGGAACCUUAUGAAAGAGAUCACGCCGUCGUUGUUGGCCGAUAUGUCAGAAACAAGUAAAA